GUAGUUACAUCUGAAAACAGAGAGACUGUGUGAGGGAUUUAAUCUCCACUGAUGAUAAACAUACAUAAAAUGAAAAUGAAAUACAUAUAACAGAAACUUACAUCACAUUGCAAAACUAGUUCCUUCCCCAAAAUUAUGACUUUACUAAAAUGUGAGCUACAAAAGUUAAGCACAGUAUCAGCUUCACAAUCUAUAGCUAUACAGCAGAAUCCUGCACUACCAAUUUAACAGGUAACUAGUGAUUUAGAGGUUGCAAAGUACGGUUUUGUGUUGGAAAAUGCCUUUUCUUGAAAUAAAAAUCACAAACGUGUAAUUCCCUAGUGUAAAGAGUUAACUGAAUUAAAUUUAUCAAAAAUCUGUGUGCUAUCAAUACAAAUAUUUGAAUUCUGCUGUAACUGCAUCCAUAGUUUCAAGGUUUUCCCUGAGAGAGAGAGAAAAACACCAUCCUGUUUUGUUUUAUAUCGUUAGCUGCGUGCGCAUCCUCGAUUGUUUGUAAACAGAAGAGCACACAGCUAUAUUUAUCCAGCCUACUUAUUGCUAACGAAUGUAUAAUAACUGAUAAAAGAGAGUAUGAGAAUAGUUUGUGUGCUCAAUCAAAUUACGUUUCACUGAUCAGGUUGUAUGCAGUGUCUCUAAACUACCAAUUUUUCCUCUGGUACCGAUGUGUGUGCAAAUUUUCACGCGUUUUCGAGUAUUUUUAGGGAUUCAAAAUUGAGAUAGCAAAAAAAUACAAAUAAUUCUAGUACUUUCUUGCUUUUCAAGAGGGUUUUCGCACCGUAUGCUCGGAUCUUUAUUAAACGUUUCGGCUUCAUAGCAUCAACAAUUAACGUUAGCUGCUCGGUAAACCAAGCUAACGUUACCUUACAGCUACUGAGCUCAUUUACAAGCCGCAGUGCAGCGUGACGUAGCAGAAUACGGCAUAUAAACUGUUGCAUUAACAUUACGUUUAACAUAAAUGUCUGCUGAAAUGUUAAAAUACUUUUAAUUCACGUUACCUGCAGCUAUUUCUUGAAUAACACAAACACAGGAAGCUCGGUCCUGCAGCGGUAGGCCCACAAUGCACUUCGAAUCUCCCCUGUGAUUGGUUGAAACCUCGACAACUGCCCGCCUUCCGUGAAACCGUCCAAUCAGCGAGGAUCAUGCUGUUUCCACUCCGUGUGUUGUGAGGCUGAGAAUACAGGAGUGUCGGAGUUUGUAGUUUGUGGCACACGAUGGAGGAGCGUCAAGGUUUUUCUCUCUGCGGCAAAGAAGUUGUAACCGAAGCUAAUCUGAGAGAUGAGUACUACUGGAAGCUGGUUGCAGACUUCAUUGGUCCUCAGUCAGCAGAAGGAUUGGAGCUCGAACAGGGACCGUGUAGGAACCGACUUCUGAUUCAAGUCGGACUCAUGAGGGAGGACAAUAACUUCCCCUGGGUCGCCAUCGUAGACUGGCUCAAGAAAAUCUUCCCAGGACAUCGCUCUGCUGACUUCCGUCGUCUGAUUGAAAGAGGCAUCGCUACAACGCUGAGUCUGGGAAGCUACGCCAGGCUGAGCUUCCUGGAAUCGGACGUCAACUUUAACUUUGUUGGCCCGAUUUGCGACAGCAUCGGAGUAGAGCGGCAGCACCUUCUGGAGAUGAGGGACUUUUCAGAACGGGCUCAGUCCAUUGAAGUCACAAACGGCUUGAUUCUGGAAUUGUACAACUUUGUCGCCAGGGAGAAGAUCGCCCCGGUCGUUCUCGUCACUUGGCUCAGAAACUUCAACCGUGAGUUUUGUAAGAACGGCGACAUUCAGAAGGCCUUUAAAGUCCUCAGAACCAAGAUUAAAAGCUUAAAGAUGUGUUAUCGCAAUCAUGAAACGAGAAGUUACAGGAGGAACGCCGCGAUGGAAAACCUGCUGCAGAGUCCGUUUGAGCUGGUCAGAGAAAAACCACCAAAAUACAUCAUAAAGAAACGCAUCAAGAGGGACGAUGGUAAUCAUGAAAAAUAUACAAUCAAGGAGGAACCUGAGAGCUGGGAAAUAACUGAGGCACCUGAGAUGAACAAAGAAGUCGUGAGAAAGAAACCAAAGAAAGAAAAAGUCGCUGCAGACAAUAGAAAUCAUCGGCAUGUGGACGCAUCCAACAGCGGACAACCUCAGACUCUGCUCGACAUCGCGAUGCUGUCGGUACAAAAGCUGUCGAGAGUCUACGGCGGGAAAACUGCAGCGUGCAAACAAAUUUCUCUGGAUCUGCUCAGAAAUCAGUACGCUUUGACCUGCAGGGAGCAUCCGGCGCUGGCAGAGUUUGAGAAGAAACUCAACACUCUGAGCGACAGCAUUUCCCUCGCCUCUCCCGUCGUGUUUUUAAACCACAACGCCCACUUCCUCGUCGAUGUGCACGAUGCGAUCGAGCAGCAUCUCAUGAACUUCGAAAAGGAGAUUGUUCUCUCAGCAGGGGAGAAACUGGGCCGAGAUAAGCUUCCAAAAUUCAAGAACUUUGUGAAUUUGCCAGAAAGUGCCACCUCGCGCUACAUCCACACAGCCUUCGACAUCCUCAGCCCUCGCACUCCCAACAAACAGAGCUACAGGAAACACUGGGUGGCUUUCUGCGCCGAGAAGAAAAACCCGUCCAAACUCGGAGCGAAUCAGUCGAAUCAGUUCAACGACUACUUUGAAGCUGCAGCCAGUCUCAUUCACCACCACAAAGAGAUCUCUCUCUUCCUGUCCGAUCUGCUGUCGCUGAACAACGACGAAUGUCAGAACAUCAUUCUGGAGAGCGUCGCGGCGGACGCGAAUGAUUCUGUGAUUCAGAGUCUGGUGUGUGCACUGGCCAUAGUUUACUGUAAAGUCCUCGGACCGUACUGGCAGCUGCUGACGAGCGGAAGAGAAUACUCACAGUUUGGUCAGAACAUCCUUAGCCUCUACCAGAAGUUCCUGGAUUGGUCCAAAGAUCCGUCAACUCUGCUGGAACCAGAAGAGACCACGGAUGUUUUCCUGCAGUUCCCGCUGCAGGAGAAAGCGUUUGACGGAGUGUUUACUUACUGCGGCCACUGGCACACAAACAGAGAUCUGAUCAGAGCCUGUUUGAAGAGGCUGAUUAAGGUGAUCGCUACUGUUACUGAGGAACACCUGAGUGAUUUUCUGCCAGGAGGGAAAUUUUCUCAAGUCCCCUCGGCGGAUUUGAGCUCCCAGUUGGUGAGCUGCAUGUUCUCCGUCUUGAUGGCAGAAUAUCCCUUCAGCAGCUCGAAUCCAGACGGCAAGAAACGCCCUGAAAAGGCGACAAAACAAAGCUUGUCAUCAGAUACUUCACAGGAAGAUCAAUCUGGUUCAUCCGACGACGACUUUGAUGAAUCCUCCGUCGUGCCAAAUAAAAAGAGCUCAGGCCACAAAGAAGAGCCUAGUCCACCGACGAGGAAAGUUCACAGCAGUAGAAAGCUCCAAGAGGAGCACGAGGACAUCAUGGAUCCAGAGUACAUCGCGGCAAUGGUGAGGAAAAAUGGUGGUCCAUGCAAAACGAAGCAGGACGUCGAUAAAAUGAUGCUGCGCUUUGAUGGAAAGUCUCGAGCCGAGAGGCGAGAAGCAGCUCGUUGUGAGAUGGUUUACCAGAGAACGGUUCUGAACAACACAAACCCACAUCUCAACGGAGCGUUCCUCAACGCCACACAGAUGGUGAUGAAGCUGAAACUCGCUCUUCCUCGUGUUAAACCCGGAUACUCUCUGGUGUGGGCGCCUAGAAGGACAAAACUAAAACCUGUGAUCAAAGACGCUGCAGCAGGUCAGAAUGAAAACAGAACCUUAGAGGCUGAACAGCUUCAUAUUCAGGAGCAGGAAAACCCCAACGCAUGACUUCAAAUAGCUGCUUCCAUAGUGUGUUUAUACAUGCAUUUUGAAGUAUGGCAGUUGAAAAAUCCUUGGAAAAUUUAGUAAACUUCACCAGUACUGCAAAAAAUGUUUUUUAUGCUCAUUUAAGAUGGUUUUUGACUUCUAGAAAGAGUUAAUAGUAGUUAACAUUUAACUCUCAGAACUAAUCAGCCAUUUCUUUAUCAUCAAAAAAGCUGCAUGUCCAUAAUGUAUAGGUUGCAUGUUUUCCAGUAUUAUGUUAGUAAAAGUUAUUGGAAAUGGCCGAAUUUAGAAGAAAAACUUUGAAGAAAAAUGUCAUAGCUUUUCACAGAAACUGUGUUUAUUUGAAAAUGUCAGUGGAAAUUUAAGUAAACUUCCCCAAUAUUGAAAAAAAUGUUUUUUAUGCUCAUUUAAGGUGUUUUUUUUUCUAGAAAGAGUUAAUAGUAGUAAAUAUUUAACUCUCAGAACAAAUCAGCUGUUUCUUUUGUUAUCAUCACCCCCAUGAGUCAAAAAAGCUGCAUGUCCAUAAUGUAAUUUUUGCAUAUUUUCCAGUAUUACAUUAGAGAAACUUAAUGGAAAUAGCCAAACUUAGAAGAAAAACAUGAUAGCUUUCACAAACACUGUUUAUUUGAAAAAAAUAAUGGAAAUUUAAGUAAACGUCCCCCUAAAAAAGUGUUUUUUUAAAUGCUCAUUUAAGGUGAUUUUUGACUUGUAGAAAGAGUUAAUAGUAACUAAUAUUUAACUCUAAUAACUGACCAGCUGUUUCUUUUGUUAUCAUCACCCUGAGACAGCACAAGCCAAAAAAGCUGCAUAUUUUCCAGUAUUAUAUUAGAAAAAACUAAAGGAAAUAGCCAAAUUCAGGAUAGAAACUUCACCGCUUUCAAAAAAACUGGAUUUAUUUGAAAAAUCAGUGAAAAUAGAAGUAAACUUCCUCAAUUUUCUAUUAAAAAACAAAAUAAAAAGGCUCAUUUAAGGUGGUUUUUGACUUCUACAAAGAGUUACGGUGGUCAAAUAGCUGUGCACAUGCUGAAUUAUUCUGACCAUUUUGAAGUAUUGCAUUAGAACAACAAUGGAAAUGGCAAAAUUUAGAAAAAAAACUUUGUUGUAUUGCAAAAUCUGUGUGUUAAAGCCGUUUUUUUUUUUUUAACUUUAUAAAACGAGUUAAAGCAUCAUGGGAGAUAGAAACAACUUUUUCUGAAUAAGUCCUGACUGAGAGAACAUUUAACUCUAAUAACUAAUCAGCUGUUUCUUUUAUUAUCAUCCCCAGAGUCAAAAAAGCUGCUUGUCCAUCAUGUUUUUUUGGGGUUUUUUUGCAUAUUUUACAGUAUUAUAUUAAAAAAGGGAGUGGGAAUAAUCAAAUUCAGAAGAAACAGUUCCCUGCUUUCACAAAAAUGUUCUUUGUUCUCAUUUCAGGUGGUUUUUGACUUCAUAAAAAGGGUUAAUACACUUCAGCAAACAAUUAACUCCCAAUAUUGAUCAGCUGUUUCUUCCAUUGUCUUUAUCUCUGGACAGCGUGAUUCAAAAAAGCUGUGUUCAUCACGUUUGUUUCUUUGCAUAUUUUGAGGUAUUACAUUGGAAGAAGUUCAUGGAAAUGGCCAGAUUCAGAAAUAAAAUGUGAUACAUUUGGCAACAACAGUGUUGACGAUGGCUUUGAGGUAGUUUUUCUUUUAGAAAAAAUCUUACGAGUUACAUAGGAGGUGGAGACACUUUUUUCUGCAUAAUUUCUGCUGUUUAGAACAUUGAACUCACAACUGAUCAGCUGUUUCUUCAGUUGUUUUCAUCUCCAGACAAAAAAACACAGUAAUUACACCUUUCUUGAUUCUAAAAACCAUUCCUGAAGACUUUCCCCCAUUUUUCUCUCAUAAAUGGACAGUUUUGUUUGUUUCUUUAUUGUAUUUUGUUGUUUCUACCCUGUUUAUUCGAGUUAACGUAGCCUACAGCGCCACCUUCUGACGACAUCAUUUUGCCUGUUCAUUCGCUCCCAUGCAGUUAAUAGAAGCAAACCUAGUUCUCAUUGUCUUUAUUUACAAUUUCUGGCAAAAGUGCACUUCAGAUGCACUUUACAUUUACAUAAAAACACAACUAAUGACCUCAGCUUUUCCUUACAAAUAUAAAAUAACGUCUGAUGUGUGUUGUACAUGCAAUACUUUUGAAUCUGUUAGAUUAUGAUAUUUCUAUAAUACUGUACUGGAACUAUUUCUGUAAAAGAGUAAAUCCUUUUUUUUUGUACCCGUUAUGAUAAUGCAGAAGUCAGUUUGUAGCUGCCACUGACUGUAAAGGAGUUAAACCAAUCACUGUCACAAUAAAUGCAGUCUCUAUA